AUGGCCAACAUCCGACCACAAAAUAAAAUGGAUGAUGCAGCAGUCUUGAGAGCACAGUUGGAAAUAGAACUAAAGAAUAAGAAACAAUGUACCUAUCAGACUUAUGAAUGCACACAACUAUGUUUGGAUGGUUACAAAUUUUGUUCCAAACAUAUUUUGCAAGACAAACAGGCCCCUUUCAAACAAUGUUCCUUUAUAUACAGCAGCAAUGGAAAACGAUGUCAUAUUCCUGCACAGAGAGUAGAUAAAAGGGAAUAUGGAUACUGUAGUGAGCAUGCUUUGAAAGCAACUUUGGCAAGAAAUAAGCAAAAUGCAAAGAACCCUCCACCUAGGACAGCAGAGUUUUUGCUCCAUUCAUUGUCCCAUUAUAUCAAGAAACCUCGGAUAAGGAGUAGUUCAUCAAGUACUCAAUAUUCUGAAGAAAAUGAUCACCUUGCCUUAGAAGAUGUGGACCAAAAACUCACCAAGUUUAAUGACCCAUUUGUGGAUCUAGAUCCUCCCACAAUUUUCAAUGAAAAAUGUAGUGAGGUAUUGGAUUUUUGCAGUGAAUCUGAUAGUGACAUUGAAGCCUCCACAUUUUCUUCAGUAUGGCAUGAUGCUCAAGCUGAUAGCUCAGAUAAUGAGAGUAUAGAUUCUGAGCAAGAAGAUCCACUGAAACAUGCAAAUGUUUACACAGGUGAAGAAGUUACAUUGAUAACCAGGGACAAGCUGAUAAGAUUGCAAUCACUGUACAUUGAGCAGUACCGCCAUCUCCAAUACUUACUCACUGAAAAGAGAAGAAAGUAUCUUCAUUCCCUCAAGAGGGAAAGGGAAACUUGUUGCACCAUCAAUAGCCAAGUCCGUGACAACCCCAAAGAACAGAGACUGUAUAAAAAGUUGAAAGCACUAAACAAUUAUCAAAAGUGUCAUGGCACUGAUGGGAUAUUGAACAAGAAACUGAAGGAUCUCAGAGUGAAAAUAUCAGAUGGAAGUUUAUCAAAAACUAGUACUUAUUCAAAGUGUUCCUUUACUGAAGGAGGAGUGAAAUGUGGUGAGAGGAGUAUUCCACUUUCCAAAUAUUGCCAGAAGCACAUUUUGGAUGAUCCGAAUCAAGUAUUGUACAGACCUUGUGGCAAGACCACAGGAGAUGUCACUUGUUCAACACCAAUAGCUGCUAUCUUUGAUGAGUCAACUUGUCAUCUGCAUUUGGAAAUUCCAGUAUUGAGGUCAUAUAGUCAGCCUAGAAAGGAUUCAGAGUCUGAUAUAGAUGACAAUGUUGAUGCCCAUUUACAAUAUACAUCCCAACUUACAGAAGAUAUUAAGAAUGAAUUCAUUAAUUAUGUACCACCUGAAAUACCCAAGAUGGAAACUCUGCCCACAAUGUUGUUUGAAGAAAAUUCUACCUCAAAUAAUGAAGUGAUUACUGAAAGUAAUUUUCUGUUUGGUAAUGAUAAUGAUCCAAAUAUUCUGGAAUAUAAAAUGGAAUCAGAUUCUAUUGAAGAAAUGAAUUUUGCAGACAUACCUGAUUGCUUAUCAGGGGAAGUUGAAAUCAGCACAGAAGUGGAAGAACAUGGAGCCAAAGAAGAAGAUAAUGUACAAAUUCCUUAUUCCAAUAGGGAAGGAAAUGAAACUAUUGAAACUGAUGCUAAUGAUGACAAUAUGGAAAAAAUUGAUGAAGAAACAAACCAAUGGGAAGGAAAUGAAACUACUGUAACUGAUGCUAAUGAUGACACCAUGGAAAAAAAUAAUGAAGAAACAAACCAAAUUCAUUUGGAUGUGAAUAUGGAUUUAUCUACUGGAAAUGAUUUGAUUGAUGAAACAGCUAAAGAUGAAGCUGUUUUCAGUGAGAUCAAUGCACCAGAAGAUGGUGUGAAGGAAGUAGAAACACCCCCUGUAAAUGAUGAAGUUGCAACCCCUGUAAAUGACAUAGUAGCAACCCCUGUAAAUGAAGAGGAAGCAACUCCUGUAAAUGAAGAAGCAACCCCUGUAAAUGAAGAAGCAACCCCUGUAAAUGAAGAAGCAACCCCUGUAAAUGAAGAAGCAACCCCUGUAAAUGAAGAAGCAACCCCUGUAAAUGAAGAAGCAACCCCUGUGGAUGAACAAGCAACCCCUGUGAAUGAAGAAGAAGCAGCUCCAAUAAAUGAAGAAAAGUCAGCCUCUAUAGAUGAAGUAGAAGCAACCCCAGUGAAUGAAGUAGAGACAACCCCUGUCAGUGAAGAAAUGCCCAGCAUUUCUGGAAGUGGAAUAAUUGACAGUGAAAUGGUUGUUGAUGAUACUGAAGGAGAAAUAAUUGAAGAUGUUGAGAUGAAGGAUACUUUUGAGGAAAAGGAAAGUACUAUAGAAAUCAAAACUGACCAGGAAACUUCUGAAGCAUGUGAUACAAUUCAAGAAGAGCCAAUAACUGAGGUUACUCCUGGAAAUGCAGUGGAUCUGAAUUGA